ACUUCGUUGCCAACAUGGUUGUCGAGAUUACGCCUGCAAGUUGGCGCUUAGAAGUGCUGUCCUUGCUCGUUAUUGCUUCAUUUCUAUCCCAACGUCCUACAGGUUGAUUUUGGUUGAACACUACAUAGCCUGGCGUGCCCAAAAUGUCCCAGUUCCCGGCACCUGAGCGGCGCGUCCUCUCAUUACACACCACUCUAGGGACAGACCCAGUGGAACUCAAGUAUGUCACGUUGUACUACCCCGUCUCCUCCUCCAAAGACGGCCUCACACUCGUGUUCACACAUGGAAUCGCUGGACACAAGGAACAGUACGACCCUACCAUCACUCGCCUGCUCUCACACGACCAGACUCGUGCAACGAUCAAAGAUAUCUGGGUGCUCGAUUUCCCUAAUCAUGGUCAAACGGCGCUUCUCAACCGCCCCGUGCUUGAUGCGCGUAAGGCAAUUGGGAAGGGAGCAUGCACAACGGCAGAUUUUGCGCUCUACCUUCGAGCCUUCCUUUCCUCUCCCUGGCUCAACACCAGUUCGGUAGUAGGCAUCCCUCAUUCCGGGAGUUGUACCCUAUGGAUCCUCGCACUCGCAUCCACCAAUCCAUGCCCGACGCCCUUUGCUCUUGUCAUGAUCGAACCCACAUUGAUGUUCCCCUCUCUCUCCCCAACUGACCCUCGCUCAAUUCACGGGGCUGCAAACGUUCGAGGCUGUCUGGCUAAACGAGACCGUUGGGAGAAUAUGGAGGCUUUGGUAAAGUGGUUAGUCGGUGGGAAGGGUGUUUGGAGGAAGUGGGAUGAGAGGGUUUUGAGCACUUAUGUUCAGCAUGGGUUUGAAGAAGUGAAUGAGUCGGAAAGUGAUGGGAAGAGUUAUGUUACUCCUACUUUGAGGAAGGAUGAGGAGAGCCCGUUAUAUGCGUGUUUAUCGCACACGGUGGAGCCGGAGGCUCUGGGGCGCGCGUGUCGAGCGGUGGAGGAAGCUGGGAGGGGUGUACAUGUGGUGUGGGCUGAGUUUGAGCAAUUUAUAUCCAAAGCGGCGAGGGAAGAAAUUUUGGACGCUGCAGAGAAUAGGGUGGUGUCUCAGCGGAUUAUUAAGGGGGCAGGACAUCUGAUUCCUCAGGAGAAACCGGACGGACUCGGCGAGGCACUCAUCGAGAUUCUGGAUGAGAUCAUGCAUGGUGUAGGGAAAAGGAAGGCGAAGAUGUAGGAUCAUAUGAACUCGCUUGAUGUAAUAUAAAUUCUUUGAAACUUCUUUAUCGCACAUCACACGAACACUGGAAGAAAGCUUGUCUAACUGCGUGUUGUCCAGCUGGGGAUGAACGAUGAAGAAAGUGGCGUGUGUUCGAAUUGAAUCACAUACCAGAUGCUGAAGGACCUGAGUAUGGCAAGUGACCUCUGCUCUCUUCACGUAGACAUCAUAAGACACCAUACGAUUUCCAUCGUACUUCGCAU